AUGCAUUCUGGCCCCGAUCGCAUAUUCAGCUUCAAGGUGACGGAGAACAAGUGGUGCGAGCGUGCCAAAAGCGCCAACGACACGGCAGGCUCCUGCAGCACUGCGGUGGUGGUCAAAGGCAGUCAGGUGUACUGUGGCAAUGCCGGUGAUUCCAAGGCCUUACUUUUCCAGAUCAAUGAGACACAUGGUGUCAACCCAGUCGAGCUCAAUGAACGACAUGGCACGAAUCUCAAGUCGGAGCGCAAACGGAUAUUGGCGGCUGGUGGCAAAAUUGCACCCGACGGCAGUGUGUACGGUGUCCUCUUCCCUUCCCGCGGAUUUGGUGAUAUCGAUGUCAAGGCGGACGGCAAACCAGUGGUCAUCUGCACUCCCAAUGGGGCUGGUAUUGAUGACUGGCAGCCCCAUCGCUUGGAGCACAGCGAAGCCACUUGGCUAGUGGUUGCCUCGGAUGGACUCUGGGACUUUGUGGUUGAUGACCAAGUGAUGUCCAUUGUGGCCAAGAACCAACACCUUGACCACUCUGCUAUUGCCAAGAAACUCAUUGACGAAGCCCGUCUCUGCGGAAGUGAGGAUGACAUUACUAUCAUCGUCGUGCGGUAUGACUUUGCUAUACCCCAAAACUCCUGUGGUGUUGCCAACUCGCCUUGUGCUUGA